AUGGUUAUAUGUCAAAUACUGAAUCCAAAUACAUGUGAUAUAAAUGUUCGGGUUUUUUAUGGACGGGUUUAUUUCGGGUUCGGGUCGGGCUGGUUUUUUUACCCAUCACAACAUCCCUACUUGCAAUCAAACAAAAACCAUUUUUUUCUCGUAAUUUCGACUUUGAUCAUUCUCGACACAAUCUCAUCAGCAACAUCUAUCUCACCAAAUGCACCAACAAUGAUUCAAAUCGAACACAUAUGCCUCAACACCGUGAACAUGCAUUACUGUGAGCAAUCAUUCAUCUCUAAGCUCGAAAACCCUCACGCCGAAAUCGCAACAUUAGCCAAAAUUGCAGCCUUCAACGCAUUGUACACCACAACACCAAUAUAUGGCUUUCCUAAAGCCGAGAACCCUCUGGCCGAGACCCAGCUACGUACUUGCCUUGCGACUUACAAUGAUGUUGAGAAGUUUAUGGAAGUUGCUUAUAAGGCAAUGCUUCAGAAUGAGUAUUCGGAAAUGAGACGUUACCAAUCAACUGUGCUUGGUGUGUUUGAUAAUGGUAAAUCAGAUUUUGACCUUAUGGUGCGUACAAAUUGGUGGGUUAGGUUAAUGAUCAAUAUCUCUAUAUUUGCAUCUCCUAAGUUCCCUGCGCCCUAA